CUCAGCUCACUUCAGCCGGCUGUGUGAGGGCAGGACAUCCCCCUUCCCCAGCGCUCUCUCCCCUUCCCCACACGGGGUUCCGCCGCCUGAGUAACGGGCUUCGUCGCCCUCCCCUCAGGGGCCCUGUGGGGGGGGGGGGGGGGCCUCUCCUGGGCGGCCCCUUUCCCGGGCUGCCGGGGGCUCCUCGCCGUCCGCCAGCUCCACAGGUGAAGGGGAGCGGUGUGCUCGCUCCCACGCUGGGGGCUGCGGCGUGCCCAGGCCUCUCCCCUGGGAGGAGGGAAGGGAUCCUCAGGUACCCUGGGGUGCCUGGGCGGGCUUCCCCUCCCAGGGCCUGUGUAACCCACCUGGAGCAGCUGAAGGACUUGUAGGGAGGGGUGGGGUGGCAGGGUCUACCCUCUGCCGUCUAGCCCAGGGGGAUAGGUUAGUGUGGAGGGCCCUUCUGGGCCAGGGAAAUUCCCCGUGGGGAGAUGGGUGAGAGGGUUCAGUUGCCCUCCAGCCCGUGAGGAUCAAUUCUUUAGCACCAUGGUUAUCCCAUACAGUUAUUCCUGCCUCUCUUGCUUUCUGUGUGGACAUGCUCAGUUCAUGGAGGUGUGAAGCCGGUGGGAGUAGGGUGUCAUGUGUACCCAGUCCAGUAAUUGUUGUGUUCAUCAUGGCGUCUCUGUGUAAUUGUGUGCAGCCCAAAAGAAAGGGUAGGAGUUUGUGGGCUGCAGCCUACUCUGUGGUGCGUGUGUUCUCCCAAAUUUAAUGCAGGCUUGGAAGAUUUGUCCACCUCAAGCCAGAGAGUUAUAGUCCCAUGUACCCUUGUGCAGUCAUGUCUUUACACAUCUAAUAAAGUUUUGUGAGCUUUCUGUCAUCCCAACACCUGUUUCAAGGUUGAUACAUCAAUAUUACUCUACAAAUGCAACUUCCCCCCCCCCCCCCCCCCCCCCAUGCACACUGUAGGCCACUUGUUGCUGUUGAAGUACAUCCCCAAGAAAGUCCUUGACCUAUUGUUAUGUGAAGAGCUAUGUUCAGUGUUUGUGAAUAUGUCAAUAUUUCACUGUGGUGUAAAAUGCACCCUGAACAAUAAUCAGGAACCAACAACUCUUGUCUUUCAGCAGAUCUCUUAACUCCUCAUUUCCCUAAUCCAUGGAUCAAAGAAGGUAACACAAUUGGAAAAAACUGUGUCUUCAAAACACCAUGUGAAUGUUUUUAGUAACAUUGAAAGUUGACUCUAUGUUGUUCCCAUCUAAUCAUGCAAGCAGGGUGCUUUCAGGUGGUGUUUGAGACCUAAAAGCAUUUCUAGUACAUGCUCACUUUGUUGGAUUUAAGAUGUAUCUUUAACAUCGUUAUGAAUAUUUGAUGGAUGAUGGCCCUUAGUUGACAGCUGGGAGUUACAGAGAGUAAGUGUACAGCAGAACAAAGGAAGAAAUGCUAGCUAAGAAAUAGGUUUCCCCUUAAAUUGUUGGGUACUUAGUUGGGGAGGGUUAUAGGGAUAUAGUUGAGCUUGAGACUGGGUGUCUGUAACCAUACUGCCUUCUACGAUGAUUUUUUUUUUUUUUACCUUCUCAUUUGAAAGCAAAGGCUGAAAGGGAUGGGGUCUUGCUUUGGUGGUAUAUGGGGGAGCACCAGGUUCUAGUAGAGUCAAAACAUCUAGUUGUUCAAAUUCUGUUGCUGAAGUUGUUGCUAUUUGUGCUCUCUUUCUGCACAGUUUGGAAGUUUUGAUGACAGGCAGGUUUUCAUUCACAGCAAUUGAGCGUAGCAUAGAUGCUUCAUGAAGAAAUUUGUUGUUAGGAAGUUCCUGACUUGACUUUGGCUUUUAACUGAGAAUAAAUCAGGUACAGUUUCUGUGACGAGGUCAAACUGAGCAGGAGUAUGUCUAGUUGCAAAGGUGGGCUGAAUGAGUUUCUUUAUAGAGUUAGCCAGCUGUUCCUGUAAGAUGAAAACUGUUGUUUUUCUUCUUGGUGCUGUUUUGAAGUACUUAAUAGUUGAUACACCAUCAGUUUUUUGGAACAGCUCAUGUGUGGCUCUUAGAUAAUUAUGUUUCUCAGCAGGGAGAUAUUUGCCAGGAAAGAGGUUAUUAAUUUAUCCUAACUUCUAUUUACUUUUGUUUUGUUUUGAAUUAUGCCACUCGUAUUUGAUAAUUUUAGUCCCCUAAAUAAUGCUGAAAUGGAUGAUGAAGGAUUGGACUAUUUAUACAGCAGAAGUGAAGUGCAGUAGCCUAGGACUUUUUGAGUUGAAUGCUACUUUGGUCUAUCAGUGGCUGCUGGAGAAAUAUUAGUAUCAAAGAAUGAUAACAACUGCUUCACCAAGUGGAUGCAUUGUGCAAGAGGUCAUUAUUUACAGCUACCAGCUUUACUGAACUCUUCCUUACCUUUCAUCCUUAUUUUCUUUUAGAAGUGGAAAAACAACUUAGGUUUGAUGUUUUGUGUGCCAUCAACUGAAAUUGGGGCCAUCAUGAAUAUAACCAAGGGUGGACUGGUGCUGUUUUCAGCUAAUUCCAAUUCGUCAUGCAUGGAACUAUCGAAGAGGAUUGCUGAGCGCUUAGGCGUUGAGAUGGGGAAGGUUCAGGUUUAUCAAGAGCCAAACAGAGAAACAAGAGUGCAGAUUCAGGAGUCUGUGAGAGGAAAGGAUGUAUUUAUCAUCCAAACAGUUUCAAAGGAUGUGAAUACUACGAUCAUGGAACUCCUGAUCAUGGUGUAUGCUUGUAAAACCUCCUGUGCCAAAAGCAUUAUUGGAGUGAUUCCUUACUUCCCAUACAGCAAACAGUGCAAGAUGAGGAAAAGGGGCUCCAUUGUCUCUAAACUACUGGCUUCAAUGAUGUGCAAAGCUGGACUAACUCAUCUUAUUACCAUGGAUUUACAUCAGAAGGAAAUACAGGGCUUCUUCAAUAUUCCAGUUGAUAACUUGAGAGCGUCUCCAUUUUUACUACAGUACAUCCAAGAAGAGAUACCAGACUACAGGAAUGCUGUAAUUGUGGCCAAAUCACCUGCGUCUGCAAAGAGGGCACAGUCAUUUGCUGAGCGCUUACGAUUGGGAAUUGCUGUGAUUCAUGGGGAAGCUCAAGAUGCUGAGUCUGACAUGGUGGAUGGUCGACACUCACCACCUACAGCCAAAAAUGUAGCUGCUAUUCAUCCCAGUUUGGAGAUACCCAUGCUGAUUCCCAAGGAAAAACCACCCAUCACAGUUGUUGGAGAUGUAGGAGGAAGAAUAGCUAUUAUCGUGGAUGACAUCAUAGAUGACGUUGACAGCUUUCUUGCUGCAGCCGAGACCCUCAAGGAAAGGGGGGCUUACAAGAUCUUUGUAAUGGCCACACAUGGCCUGUUAUCUUCAGACGCUCCCAGGCUGAUAGAGGAAUCCGCAAUCGAUGAAGUGGUUGUUACAAACACAAUUCCACAUGAAAUACAAAAACUCCAGUGCCCUAAAAUCAAGACUGUGGAUAUCAGCAUGAUCCUCUCAGAAGCCAUUCGCAGGAUCCAUAAUGGGGAGUCAAUGUCAUACCUUUUCAGAAAUAUAGGACUGGAUGAUUAAUGCUUCUUAUUUUAAAGAAACACCCCGGGCCAAACUGGAAGCGAACAGAUAAUGAGCUGUGAAGCAUCAUGCUUACCUUAAUAUUUCUAUUGAGCCACUUUUUGUUUUCUCUUGGUUUAAGUAUCAAGGUAGAACAGUUUUUAAGAGCUUUUUUUUUUUUUUCCUUUGCAGGGUUGGUUUUUUUGCGGGUGGGUGGGGAAUAAACAUUUAAAAAAAAAACUGUUCUAGUUGCUUUUAGGUUAGUUGCACUAUAUACAUGAUGGAAAAAAACCCAGAAAACACUUGAGGCAAGAAUUUGGCUUCUAAAUUAAGCAUUCCUUUUCCAAAGCUGCUUGCUACAAGUGCUUUAAAAGAUAAUAAAAUGAAGUGACUGUAUAAUAUUUGCAUUUUAAAAGCCAAAAAGGUUGUACUGUUGUAUGCAGUUAAGUGAUUUUGUAGGAGUGCUUUUAUAGAAAAGCAUAUGAAAUAUGCACCUGUAUUUAUUUUCUGCAACAAAGAAUAAAGACUUGUUUUGUGUGA